GUGGCAUCAUUGAUUGACUUUUGAAUUUUGAAAUUUGAUAGAUCCACUAAGAGUUAGGAGGCGUAACCUGCUGCUGUCGAGAGUCGGAUAAAUAUAAAUUGUGAUUCUAAGAAAAAGAGUGUUCAUUUAAAAUGAUUCGAUUUAUUUUGAUCCAAAACCGUGCGGGUAAGACGAGACUGGCAAAGUGGUACAUGAAUUUCGAUGAUGAUGAAAAACAGAAACUCAUAGAGGAAGUUCAUGCUGUUGUUACCGUUAGAGAUGCAAAACACACCAACUUUGUAGAGUUUCGUAACUUCAAAAUUGUGUACCGAAGAUAUGCUGGAUUGUACUUCUGUAUAUGUGUGGAUGUGAAUGAUAAUAAUCUUUGUUACUUGGAGGCUAUCCAUAAUUUUGUUGAAGUUCUGAAUGAAUACUUCCACAAUGUGUGCGAAUUAGAUUUGGUGUUCAACUUUUACAAGGUAUACACAGUAGUUGAUGAGAUGUUCCUUGCAGGGGAAAUCAGAGAAACAUCUCAAACAAAAGUAUUAAAACAACUUCUUAUGCUUAACUCAUUAGAGUAAUAUGAAGUAGUAAUGAAAUAUUAAAUUGUUAUGGAGACAUUCCAUGUUGUAAAGUAAAAAGAUGUUUCAGUUGUUUAAACAACUGAUUAGUAUACAGUCUAUAUUUGAUUAGGUGUUUGUUAGAAGUAAGGCUGGAUAUAACUAUAUAACUUCAGAAGAUUAUAAUACUCAUUAGCUGUUUGCUUAUGUCAAUGGAUUAGUGUAAAAAUAAUAAAAAU